UCCCACGCAGGAUAUCAACAAUGAGGGGGGGUGACAGAACACCUACAGGCAGUAAUGGACCAUUGUCACACUAUAAUCACUGGGCCAGGCUGCCAGGGAUUCCUGGAGGACACUCCGUAGUUUAUUGAAGAUUGCUUUGCCCCACCAGGUCUAGGGCAUCUUCUAAGGUGAGGUCAGAUGUGCAUGGGAACGCUUAGAACAGGGGUCCUCAAACUCCAGCCCCCCCAGAUGUUGCUGAACUACAACUCCCAUGAUUCUUUGAAUUACAAAGAUAGCCAGAGAAUCAUGGGAGUUGUAGUUCAUCAACAUCUGGGGGGCCGUAGUUUGAGGACUCCUGGCUUAGAAGAAUACCUCCCGAUUAGCUGGGGGUUGCUGCUGGGGGUAGAGAUGUUUUCAGAUGCAGAUCUGGUGGGUGUUAAUUUUGGGAUAUCCUAGAGCAGGCAUAGGCAACCUUCUGCAGUCCAGAUGUUUUGGACUACACCUCCCAUGAUGCUUUGCUAGCAUUAUGGGUGUAAGAGCAUUAAUGGGGAUGUAGUCUACAACAUCUGGAGUGCCAAAGGUUGCCUAUCCCUAUCUUAGGAGGAAGGGAGCACUAUAAAUAAUAAUGCGGCUGUAGCAUUGUAAUUGACAACAUUUUGUGACUAGUGUUCUUCGAUCUUUACAAAUAUGGGUGUUAACAUAUGUCCAUAAUAAAGGAUUAGCAGCACAAGUAAAUGAAAAGGUGACCCCUGCAGUUGAAGAACUGCAACGCCCAUGAUGCUUUCUAUCCCUAAGAUAAGAUUGGCAAAUAAUCAUGGGAGUUGUAGUUCUAUAACAUGCAGAUAAAACCAAACAUUAUGGUGGUUAACCCCCAAAAACUAGAAAGAGGAUCAUACUUGGUAUGAGGUAUACAAUUCCAUAUUUUACAUUAUAACACAUGCUACAGGUCAUGUUCUGUGAUCAAACAUCAUCACAUUUGAUAGAGCUUUAUAUGAUUGUCUCUGAUCUUAUGGGCCUUUGUGCUUUUAAAGAAACACUCCAAAGCACUACCUAAAUUACUUUAGUUUGCUGAAAUGUUUUAUGUGUGGGUAGUGUGUCCUAUUUUUAUCUCAAUUUACAAAAAGAGAAAAUUUUAAUCGAAAUUGGCACUUUUACAAAUUAACCUUGUUACACCCCCCUGGCAGUCAUAUAAUCGGUCCUGUUUCUUCCUGGUUUGGUACACACUCAGGAGGCAUGAAUUGCCCAGAGCACCUGCUUUGUAAAGACUUCUCAUUGAGCUGCAUUGGGAAGUCUGUGAUUGGACAGCCACAGCAUUUCUAGGCUAGGGAAGAAGGGGAGAGUUUGUAAAAGCUCACGAGAAGCGAUCUGCCGUUUUGCAAACUGUUUUUACAUAUGUCUCCAAUGAAAAAAAUGCAAAACUAAAUGCAUGCAUGGUUUAAUUGUGGAUAUAUCCAUUAAAUAGUGAUUUCUUUUUUUUUUGUAUUUGGGCAAUGUUAGAUAGCACUCCAACUCUCUAAUAGACCUCAGGAUGUAAUUUACAAAAAAAAAAAAAAACAGAGCAGGGAGAAGACCAGACCAGUGUGGUAUCAUUAAUUAGAAUACACAUAUAGAAGAGUUAAACCUUGUUUAUCUGAGUAAGAUCGUCAAAACUGAUCUCAGGUAUAUAUUUGGCACACCCUUUUUUUUCUUAAUCACACAUCGCCUGCCAAUCCGCAACAUUCUUACUGCCUUGUAGUAUGAGAUCUGUUGUCAUGGCAUGGAGUUCUUUAAUUGAUGAAGUAUUUUGCUUAUGUUCUCAGCUCGAAUCUUUGGUGCUGAGUAGGAGAGCAAACAAUGGGCGUUCACGAACUGUGGUCCAUUCUGGAGCCAGUAAAAGUACAUGUCCCACUGCACAGCCUUGGUGGGAAAACCCUUGCGGUGGACCUUAGUAUUUGGGCCUGUGAAGCACAAACUGUUAAGAAAAUGGUUGGAGUAGUAACCAAACCUCAUUUAAGGUAACGUUUCUUGCUGAUACGUGUUUGAUACUAUGUUGUUUUCUAUGCUUCACAAUACAUUAUUCUUUAAGGUAGGUAGCACUUCAGGAAUACUGAAAAAGAGAGUAAAUUUACAAAAAUGUAUCUAUUUAAUUUAUUUGCUUGUCCUUUGCACAAAUAUGAGGGUUUGAAAAAAUUCCAGAGACUAUAUGGUGUUUUUUAUCUUGCAAUAUGUACGAUUCUGAAAUAUUCGUGUAGAACUCAACAUGACAUUUUUGUAUACAAAAUAUGUGACAAAAAUUGCAUUAAUACCCUUAUACAUUUUCUAUAGAUAUUAGAAGGGAAACUUAAGGCAUUUUCAGGAGUGCAGAUUUAUAAAAAUGCCAUUAGAAUGUAAAAAUAAUGUCUAUAGGUGGGUAUUACCCAACAUAAAGAAAGUAUAGUUACAUCAAGCAUCUGUACAGUACAAGGAAGUGCAGGCUGCUGUUGCCUAUAAAGAAUGCCUAUAGUUGCUUACAACAUUCACUCUCUCCUCCUCCUUCCUGCUAGAAUUUAGCCAUCAAUAUUGACCCAGACAAUGAAAUGCAGAAAUACUGUGUUAAGCCCUCCAGAGAAAUGUCUUGUGAUGUAACACUCCCAUUUAUCUUUUUGUGCAAAGGAACCUCUUUUUCCGUGUGUCCUCCUUGAGUUUGAUGGGUGUGAAACUGGUCUUUGUAUCUGAAGGUGAAGCCCCAAAACUUAAAGCUGAGACCAUGAACAAGAGGAAUGAGAUGCGCUAUGGGCCAUCCACCAAUUCUGUCCCUUCAAGACCUGGACGAUCCUAUUUUAAUACUGUUUUAAAGGAGGUAAGGUGUCAAGAAAAUUUAUUUGCUAACCCGGUGGUUCCCAAACCAGUCCUCAAGGCACCCUUACCACUCCUGGAUUUAGGGAUUACCAAAUUGUAUCUAAGGUGUUUUUAGGGGAAAAAAAAACACCUUAGACACAACUGUAUAAUCUCUAACUCCUGGAAUGGUAAGGGUGUAUAAUCUCUAACUCGGAGGACUGGUUUGGGAACCACUGGGCUAACAAAAAGACAUGCAUAAAUAUUGAAUCUGCUUCCUGCCAGCUGUACACAGGAAAUACAAAAUGGCAAUUUGUUUAUUUUCAUCCAACUUUUUUGCUGCCUCCAGUCCCCACCUGCUCACUUGUUCCAGGAAGAUGGGCAUCAUAAAAUAGGUAGUAUAUCUUCAGGUUAAGAAGUUAUGUUUCCUUGGUUGCAUAACCAGAUAUAACAAAAACUCCACCUAACGGUACACUAUGUUUUUCAUGGUUCUUCACGUCUCAGCGAGAAAAGAAAUAAGAAUGUCGGCAAAUUCCACCAGUAGAAAAGCUAUAAACAUGAACACACAUUCAUUUGUGUGCGACAUCUGGUCUAUCAGAGAACACUGUGAGGGCGCCUUUUGGGAGAUAUGAUGGCUUGCAUAGAUUUCACCCGCCCUGCACUGUGAAGACCUAGAUGUCAAAAUAGAAAAUGCUCCUGUAUGAAAUCUGCCCAUACUCUUCCUUCUAUGUGUUACAGCAGUUCUCUGCCUAAGGUGUGAUGAAGAAUAUCAAAUAUGUUGAAAAGAAAACCGUAUAACAUAUUCUGUCUAAAGAGUAAUGUUACCCUGUAUGUCCAUUUGUUCCUGCCUUUAUUUUUGUGUAGUGUCUUCGGCUUUUGGACUGCCUUGGAGUCCCAUGGGUUCAGGCUGCUGGAGAAGCCGAGGCCAUGUGUGCUUACCUAGACGCUAACGGGUACGUGGAUGGAUGCAUUACAAACGAUGGAGAUGUCUUUCUCUAUGGUGCUAAGACGGUUUACAGAAAUUUUACCAUGAAUGUAAAGGUACGCUACACUGCUCAAGGAAGAUGUUCGUAUGGCUACAAAUACAGCUCAAGAGUCCAUUUUCCUUUUAUUUCCAUUCGGAUAUCCAUUUGAUGGCUGAAAAGACAAAAAUUGCUCCUUAGAAAUAAGUGUCAGACAUUCUCUUGUAAGAAAUGUUUGUCUCUUGUUAGUACACAGUUAGGACAGAGAAAGGCAUGUAAGGUAUUCAGGGGCUGGUCACAUUCUAAACCUGCAGCAAUGUUUUCAUAGGCCCCACAAGCAGGAACUCAUACUGAAUUCAUACCAGGGCUCCUUGCUGGGAACACCACACAUUAGAGUGAAUCUGUCAAGAAAGGUUUGCUCUAUGCCGUAGCAUCUCCUUAUGGAAUGAAUGUAGAAUAUAUCACAGUGAUAAAUUCGACAAUUACUUUCUUCUUAAGGCUAUGUUAAUUGCCUCCAGUACUGCCAUGAUCCAGGCUUUAUGGGUGUUGUACUAUGACAGACCCUACUUUGGAACAUUUUCCCAAGCAAUGUUUACUGCAAACAUACUGGGAUAUAUUGGCUUCAUUGCCAGCACAUUGCUGUGAGAAUGUAGAGAUUUAUGUCAUUCUGUUUGUAUAUUCUUCUACCUAGCACAUGAUGUGCACUGUGACCACACACCAUUCAAUUUAAUACACUCAGCUCUAUGCUGAAAAUGUAAUACCCAGUAAGGGAAAAGGGCAAUAUAUUGAAACUGAUUUUUUUUUUAUUUAUUUUUUUUUUUAAGUACUUUAUUAAGAGUUGGAUUUUUUUUCCAUAUGGUUUUAGCAGAUGCAGCUAUAGCCACUGUAAUGAAAAAACACAAUUUUGCGAUUGUUAUAAAAUAAUUGACUGUUGCCACUAGAUGGCACCAUACACCUCAUUGUCAUUUGAUUUUUAACCUUGAAAGGAAUGACUGUAUAGUCCUCUGUGUGUUUGAGCAGGGGUAUACAACCUUCGGCACUACAGAUGUAAUAAAAUACAUCUCCCGUCAUGCUUUGCCAGCAUUAUAGGAGAUGCAGUGUACAACAUAGUAGUGUAGUCCAAGGGAAUGUGUAUCUAAUAUAAUGAGGACUCAAUACCUUGACUUAUAUUAUAUAACUAGAUGUAAAAAAAAAAAACCAGAUACAAUUCGUAUCUUGUAAUACCUUUUUUAUUGGACUAACAGAAUUCUUUGGACUAACAAAAAUUCUGUUAGUCCAAUAAAAAAGGUAUUACAAGAUACAAAUUGUAUCUGUUUUUUACAUCUACAUCACUGGACUAAUAUGGCUACAAUCUACUUGAACAUUAUAUAACUAUGUAUGUUUAUGGUUGUUAAAAUCUGCAAUAGGAGCUUAUGGUAAGAGUGUUUUCUAAAUAAUUUGUUACCAGGACAGUACGGUAAGAUAAGCAGAUGGAUGAAAGCUAAGGAAACAAAUUAGGUAGGUGGACUCUCUGUUAGGAGUAUUAAGGUCUGUUGGGCAGCAGGAAAAGUCCAGAAUUGAUGUGGAAAAAGGCAGAUAAAUGGGUCAGGACUGAAUGAGUCAGAGGGGAUAGGAUGGAAUGGGUGGAGAAAGGCAGAUCGGAGGGGAUAGGAUGGAAUGGGUGGAGAAAGGCAGAUCAGAGGGGAUAGGAUGGAUUGGGGGAGAAAGGCAGAUCAGAGGGGAUAGGAUGGAUUGGGGGAGAAAGGCAGAUCAGAGGGGAUAGGAGGGAUUGGGGGAGAAAGGCAGAUCAGAGGGGAUAGGAGGGAUUGGGGGAGAAAGGCAGAUCAGAGGGGAUAGGAUGGAUUGGGGAGAAAGGCAGAUCAGAGGGAUAGGAUGGAUUGGGGAGAAAGGCAGAUUGGGAUGGAUUGGGGAGAAAGGCAGAUCAGAGGGGAUAGGAUGGAUUGGGGGAGAAAGGCAGAUCAGAGGGGAUAGGAUGGAUUGGGGGAGAAAGGCAGAUCAGAGGGGUCAGCAUGGUUGGGAGGAGGGAGGCAGUCAAAGUUAGAGGGGUCAAAAUGCAAGAGAGAUAAUUUCAGGCACGGGGGGCGGGAUGGAAUCGAUAGAACGACUGAUAGAGGGGGAACAGGAGGAGAGAGAUGGGCAGGCAGAGGGCAAGGAUAUAACAGAGAAAAUGGCACAUAGUAGGGUCAUGGGGGAAGGAAGAGCAGGGUGCGUAAGGGGGAGCAGGGAAGAAGUGAGAGAAGGGCAGGUGAAGAAGGAGGGUGGAAAGACAAGUAGAGGGGGCAGGUGGAAUGCACAGAAGGGCCGAGAGGGGCCUGAAUGGAAUGGACAGAUAUUUAAGUAGAACAGACAGGGUGAUGUCUGUCACAGCUUAAUACCAGAUGUCAUUCGUCUGAUAAUUUGCUGCUGUAAUGAAUGGUGAAAAUAAUAAGGUAUUGUUUUGAAUUACUUGAGAUCUCAGUGCUGAAUACACGGUAUUUCUGAGUCUUGCAUUGAAACCUUACAGUAAUACUUUGGGAUGCUAUGGCUUCCAUUUUCAUCCCUUCUGUUUAAAAGAAAUGUGUCAAAGGUGGAGGAAAGAGAACAUGUCUUUAUCAAUGGGGAGAAUGAUUAAAUUCAAGAUAGAGGCAGCUAGCAGAGAACAAUUGCUUCAAUCUUCUAUAUUAUUCCACAUGAUUCAUGUCAUGCCGUUUGUUUUGUAAUAUCUAUCACAUUUUAUAUAUCCACUAAGAGGUGCAGGUAUUCAUUUUUUAUUUUUAUUUUUCAUCUCCCAACUGUGUUAAUUUAUUAUAUAGGAUUUCAGUGCACGUGAUUGACAGUUUUGUAUAUAUGCAGUCGUGUUUGACUGUUUAUCACUGACAUCUCGACUAAAUAAAGAAAACCAAAUAUUGCUGCACUGGAGGAAAAGAUAAUUAAAAAGAUGAUUAAUAUUUGCCCUUACACUCAUCGACAACUUUAUUACUAUUUAUAGUAAUAUUUAGUCUUCUUUUGCCUUCAAUUUGAAUUCUUUGUAACUAGGUGUCAAUAAUUUCCUUAGGAAUUUUGAUCUAGUGAGGUUAGCAUCACAUAGCUUCUGCCGGUAUUUCAGUUACACAUUCAAGCUACGGGCAUUAUCCUGCAAACACUCUUUGGAAUUGAGAUCUGGGGAUUGUGUAUAUACCACGCAUACACAGUCGGCAACCAUUAUGUUUCAAGGGUUACUUGAAGCAUCACAACCACUGCAGUGAUUCUGUACGUGCAGCGUUUUGCUGCAUAUUUGGAGCUUAACCAAUUUGCCAUCGUAGGUGUAACAAUACCUGCAACGGCAUUGAGAUGCCAUUAGACAUCUCUUGGUUUCAUUUUAAAUUCAAAAUGACAGCGCAGUGUAUUAACUUAAAAAAUUCUUAUCUCCUGCUCUGUUAAUUUGUGUAUUUAAACACAAAAUGUUUUUGCAGGCUCUAGGAGGCCAUUAACAGAGCAGGAGUUAAGAAAUUCUAAAUGAAACACUCUUUAUUCGCUUAUUAGACUUUUUCAGGAAGUGUGUAUGGAGCAUGUGUGAGUCACAUGCAGGGGAGGUGUGGCUAGGGCUAGUUAGUGAUUUACCUAGUAAAUGGCAGAUAACUGAGCAGAGAGACUGCAGGUCAUGAUAUAUACACCUAAAAUACAUCAUUAAGAUAAAGUUGUUUUGGGGCUUUGAGUGCCCCUUUAACUGUGUUUGAGAAUAAAAAGCUUUUGGAUUCAUGUUGUACGUUUAGCUUUAACAGCAUUUGGUUUCUUUAUCUCUCUUUUUUUCUUUUCUUUUUUUUUUUUUUAAUUAAACCUGCUUUAUAGGACCCUCACGUGGACUGUUAUGAAGUGUCCUCCAUUCAGACAAAGCUAGGACUGGAGAGACAUUCGUUAGUGGGCUUGGCUGUUUUCCUAGGCUGUGAUUAUAUUCCAAAAGUAAGUUUACCUUCAACACGCAUCUCUAACACACUUAACUGUGAAUUUGAUUUAUCAUGUGUAAAUGUGCAUAUGAAUGCUGAUAUAUGAGUAGGAGACCAAUAAUUCAUCCUUCAUGCAGUGUAAUGCUUUUUCCAACUAGUGUAUUGUAUAAUCGGAUCUAAUACAUUUUGUUAGGACUUAGUUUUGUGGUUUGGUGAAUCAAGGUGGUGUCUUUAUUAUAAGUGGUGGCCCAACUUGGGUGCUGGGCAUGGCCAUCCACAGCAUGGAUUCUCAUGGAAUUUGCCUUUCGUUUGAUUUAAAUGGGACGUAGCAGUCACAUUGUCUAUGUGGCCCUGACCCCCAGGAACAUUUUCUGCGGACACUUCUGGCCAUGCGUAUCAGGAGGUCAGCAACUCACAUAGAGGGUGGAGAGAGAGAGAGUGCACGUGCCUGCAUGCAUACAUAUACAGUUGCAAGAAAAAGUAUGUGAACCCUUUGGAAUGAUAUGGAUUUCUGCACAAAUUGGUCAUAAAAUGUGAUCUGAUCAUCAUCUAAGUCACAACAAUAGACAAUCACAGUCUGCUUAAACUAAUAACACACAAAGAAUGAAAUGUUGCCAUGUUUUUAUUGAACACACCAUGUAAACAUUCACAGUGCAGGUGGAAAAAGUAUGUGAACCCUUGGAUUUAAUAACUGGUUGAACCUCCUUUGGCAGCAAUAACUUCAACCAAACGUUUCCUGUAGUUGCAGAGCAGACGUGCACAACGGUCAGGAUUAAUUCUUGACCAUACCUCUUUACAGAACUGUUUCAGUUUAGCAAUAUUCUUGGGAUGUCUGGUGUGAAUCGCUUUCUUGAUUUACUUCUAUGCUUUGGGUCAUUGUCCUGUUGCAACACCCAUCUUCUGUUGAGCUUCAGCAGGUAGACAGAUGGCCUUAAGUUCGCCUGCAAAAUGUCUUGAUAAACUUGGGAAUUCGUUUUUCCUUCGAUGAUAGCAAUCCGUCCAGGCCCUGACACAGCAAAGCAGCCCCAAACCAUGAUGUCCCCACCACCAUACUUCACAGUUGGGAUGAGGUUUUGAUGUUGCUGUGCCUUUUUUUGCCUUACAUAGUGUUGUGUGCUGUGCUCUUGCAGUCAUCUUUACAGGAUGGCCACUCCUAGGGAGAGUAGCAGCAGUGCUGAACUUUCUCCAUCUAUAGACAAUUUGUCUUACUGUGGACUGAUACCGUGGAGAUACUUUUAUAACCUUUUCCAGCUUUAUGCAAGUCAACAAUUCUUAAUCGUAGGUCUUCUGAGAGCUCUUUUGUGUGAGGCAUCAUUCACAUCAGGCAAUGCUUCUUGUGAAAAGCAAACCCAGAACUGGUGUGUGUUUUUUAUAGGGCAGGGCAGCUGUAACCAACACCUCCAAUCUCAUCUCAUUGAUUGGACUCCAGUUGGCUGACAUCUCACUCCAAUUAGCUCUUGGAGAUGUCAUUAGUCUAGGGUUCACAUACUUUUUCCACCUGCACUGUGAAUGUUUACAUGGUGUGUUCAAUAAAAACAUGGCAACAUUUCAUUCUUUGUGUGUUAUUAGUUUAAGCAGACUGUGAUUGUCUAUUGUUGUGACUUAGAUGAUGAUCAGAUCACAUUUUAUGACCAAUUUGUGCAGAAAUCCAUAUCAUUCCAAAGGGUUCACAUACUUUUUCUUGCAACUGUAUACAUACGUAGAAAUAUAGAAUGUGGCGGCAGAUAAGAACCAUUAGGCCCAUCUAGUCUGCCCAAUUUUCAAAAUACUUUAAUUAGUCCCUGGCCUUAUCUAUCAUACAUACUUGCAUGGCUCAAAAUUUCCACUAGCUUUUGACAAGUGAAAAUUUAGCUCAGUCUUUUUGAAUAUCACCUACUGGAAAGCUGUGGCUACUAACUUUUAAAACCUGACUAGCAGUGUAGCACUUUGAAUGUUAAGCUUUGUGUGUUUCUUUCUCCCUCUAUAAUGUGUGUGUGUGUGUGUGUAUGUGUAUAUGUACGAGGAUUCCUAAGGAACAGCACACUCAAAUACUGUAAAACAGAAAAAAGAUUUCAUAAGUGUUGCAAAAUGUGGUGAUAUGGCGUCCCCACGAAGAAGUUAAACAUAAGAUUUGUGCAGGAUAUGUCCCAUUUCUCCUUGUCCGAUAACAGAUGUUCUUGCCUGGUAUUUCUCAUGCUUGUAAGACACGUAGAAGCUCGGCCUUGCAUCCUGCAGUCACAUUAGCCUGGUCUCCAGGUUGUGCGCCAGACAGGUGUAAUAAAUCUUGCUGUUUUGCUGGAGAGGUCCCGGCCGGCCCAUAUAAUGCAGAUGAGUAACGGUGCAGUGUGGAGAAGCUUUUAGUGCUGGAUGGUGACAAAGUGUUUGUUAAGCCACAUCUGGAAGCAAUUACUUUGUGAUAAGUCUGUCUCUCAUACCUGUGCUAAAUGAGCAGUACCUUCAUUAGAGAGAAUUUUCAAUUGUUAAUUACCUGGGAAGCACUUCCUAUAAGCUAAUGUGUGUGGAAUCCCAAUAAAAGGCCUGUACUCUGUACUCUUACACUAAUCCCACACUUAACCCUUUGCUUAACUGUAUUCAAGUACAGUCUCCUCCUGUUAUUUAAAUGUUCAUAGGGAUUUGGGAUAGUGCGCAGGUAGCUUUGUUUUGGUUUUAUUGUAUGUACUUGGUCUGAUGGAUACUGUAGUCAUUGCUGUCGCCUAGGAGUAAUGGGAGUUUGAUCUCAGGGCUUAUUUCUGUGUGUUUGUAUUGCACAGCCAUGUUAUUUUGCUGCUACCCAUCCCAUGUUUGUCCUAUUAAGGGUUAAUAAGUGUGUAGGGUUUCAUAAGAAUGCCCCUUACUGUCUUAGAGAUUUUACCAUUUAGCUGAAAGCAGCCAGGUGAAUUGUUACUGUCGGACUCACGAGAGAUUUGACUUGACGUGGCAUGUGAGCCAUUAAUGUGUACGCUCAACUGCCACGUCAAGGCAAAACUUAUUAGGUGAGUCCUACUUGAACGAUAAAAUAUCUAGUGAGACAGAAAGAGAAAUUUUUAUGAAACGCAGGGCUUAAAGUUUGUAUUUGCUUUGUAUCACACAGCUAUGUUACAGUGCGGCUGCUCACCUCAUGUGCUCCCUAUUAAGGGUUAAUAUGUGGAGGGGUUUAACAAAUACCCCUCUCUGUCUUAAUAGUGAUUGUGCCCUUUAGCUGAAAGAUAGCAAGGUGAAUUGUAAGUGUAGGACUCAUCUAAGAGGUUUUACCUUGAUGUGGCAGGUGAGCUUACACUUAAAUGGCCAUUGGAGUGAUACUAGAAACUUCCAGUUAUUUAAAUGUAAGUAAGGAUUUGGGAUAGUGUGCAAGUAACUCUUUUUUUCUUUGUUUUUUAUUGUAUGUAUUGGGGCUGAUUUUAUAUAGGCAUUGCUGCCGCCCAGGAGUAGUGGGAGUUUGAACGCAGUCUUAAUUUUGGAUAUUGAAAAAUGCUAUAGCCGUUGCUGCUGCCCAAGAGUUGUGGGAGUUUGAGUGCAGGACAUUUGUGUGUUUUCAUCCUUGAGUUGAUGCAUUUCAGAAUUAGCAGUGUACAGCCCUUUUCAAGUAUCGAAUAUGGAUAAAGAGGAGUAGAAAUGCUUUGAGUAGCUCAGCCAAUAUAAAGAAUUCUGUUCUAAAUCAGCCGCGUACAUCAAGAGACGGCAUUUAUUUGUCAGCCGCACAGGUUUAGCCGUAUUGGCAGCUUUCUCUAUUCUCCUGCACAAUUGCAAGGAUUCAUGUCUUCAUUAAUCCUGCGAUUGCUGCCUCUGGGCAAGUCUAUUAUUCAUUGCUAUGCCUAGCCAUGCAGCAAAAUCCAUGCACGCCACACUUUACUAUCUACAUGUGCUUGCACAGCAGCUUUUUAUUUUUUAUUAAUAAAAAUAUAUGCUCGUUGUCAUAAAAUUGUUCAAAAUAAACUUAAAUACACAGCGAAAAUGACGAUUUUAAUAUUUUCCAAAUGUUAUUUUCCAAAGGUUUUCUUUGUAUCAGUCUUUGAUCUUUACUUUUUAUUUAAAGAAUGCUUUAGGAAAGAAGGUCGAUAAAGAAUUUAUAGAAGAGCCUUAGAUCUUGCAUCCCUACAUUUAAAUAGGCACAAAAUAUGUUCCAUUAUCAGGCUAUUAUUGUGUUUACAUUUUAAAAAAUUUCCACUGAUUUUUUUCUUGUAUAUCAGUUGUUGAUUGCCUUUAAAGAUAUUCACACCCUAAAAUCUGUCACUAUUGUUGAAAAACAAACCAAGUAUUGUGGCUAAUGUACAUAGAAACACAUUGUAUUUAUUGACCGCGCAAGAACAGUUACACCUUUUAGGACAAAACAGCUACAAUGGAAAAAUGUUCCACUUUAACUAUUUUGCCAUAACAGGCAAGUUUUGGUAAAUUCUUCACAAUUUCUGAUGUAAUGAAUGAAGUUAUAAACAUGCAGCAGUUUGAACCAUUGUAUCUACCUAUUUUCGCCUCUGACUUGUUGGCAUUCAUUAUACUUACUCAAGCAUUCCUUAAAUUUAAUUCUCCGUUAUUUUAAAACUUAAAUAGGAACUUUAAUUAUUCUCGAAUGUAGAGCACUGAAUAAAACAUUUUAAAUCACCUAUAACGUUUGUUGGCGGCUUUUCUUUUCAUGUGAUGGUUUGUUUACAUUAAAAUGCUAUAUUUCUUAUUUAGUAAAUGGCAUCGUAAUCCAAAGAUUGAUAUGGAGCUAAGAUGGAGGCACCCAAUUUGAGGAUAAAAAGGUGUCGUUUUAUAUGUUUGCAGUUGUUUUUCACACAAAUACAUAUUUGUUAAAUAUAAUGAUUAGUAAACCUAAUAAUUAAAAUCCUGGGAUAUUACACUUCCCCUUUUAGAAAGGCUUGCCAGAAUUUUCUUUAACAGGUUGUACUGUAGUAAUACAUUUGAAUCACUUACCUUUUUCCACAUUAAUAAUCAAAGAUUUUAUUUUUUUUAAAGGGAGUCCCAGGAGUUGGAAAAGAGCAGGCCUUGAAACUCAUAGAAAUGCUAAAAGGGGAGAGCAUACUGCAAAGGUAAAAUUAAUUUAGCAACUUUAUCAAAGGCUGUUUGACUAAUUUAGGCCUCAAUUUAAUAAGCUUUCCAAAUGAUUCAGUAUUGUUCGAAAACCUUACCAAAUUAUUUAUCUACAGAAGUCACCAAUAACGUCUAUGGGAAUGUUUGUAGAUGACCAUUUGUACAGUUUUUCUUGCUGUAUUUAAUCAUUUGGAAAGCUUUUUAAAUCGAGGCCUCCUAAGACAUUGUGUUAUUUAAGAUUAUUACUGGUACACCUCUGGUAUUUUGGGCGCAGAGGAGACAAACUUACCAUUAGCAGUGCCAGUCCCCUCCCACAAUUCAACUACAAGGUUGGCUGGCAAGCAACAAUGCAUUUUGAGAUGGGUGGAUGGGAGCAAAUUAAUUACAGCACAUUUCUAUGUAGAAGUCAGAAGUGAUUAGACUAGACUUAUGGAUCGUUAUUUUAACCUAAAUUUUGCAAUCAGGUUUUCAUUUUAGUUUGGGUAUUUAGUAAACAAUACCUCUAUGUUUAUAUUUUAAUUGACAUAUUUGGUGCGACGUUUGUGUACUCAUUGGUUAUAUUAAAGGAACACUAUAGAAUUAGGAAUAGAAAACUGUACUCAUAACACUAUCCCUCUGCCUCCAUGCCCCCCCUUUGCCCGGCACUGAAAAGGUUAAAUAACCUUUUGAACAUUCAACUUAUUCGAGUGUCGAGGUCCUGCAUUGCUGGCUCCGUCUCCCACUACUCCGCUAUCAUGGUGAUGGGGUACCUAAUGCACAUGCACGACGAGUGCCGCACAUGCGUUAGGCCUUCCCAAUUGGAAUGCAUUGAAUCCGUGCUUUUCUAUGGGGAUGUAGAAAACGCUGGCAUUAAACUCAGUGAAACAGCAGGACGUGCCUCUAGUGGCUGUGUGACAGACAAACAUUAGAGGCAGUCUUAGCUCUGCAAUGAAAACAUUGCAGUUUCCCUAAACCUGCAAUGUUUUCAGCUGCAGGGUUGAAAGGACACGGCAGUGCACCCUGACCACUGCAAUAAGAUGAACUGGUCUGGGUGCCCAUAGUGUCCCUUUAAAUGUAUACACCACUAGAAUGGGACUUUGAAACCAUUAAAGGAACACUGUAGACAACAAACCAACUUAAUGAAAGAGUUUUGGUGUAUAGUCUCACUGCUCAAUUAUGUGCCCUUUGGCUUUGUUUAUACAGCCCUAGUCCAUUAUGUAGGUAACUUACACAGCCUUCCUAAACACUUCCUGAAAAAUAACCUAGAUGUAUGGCACAGUCUGUUAAAUCUAGAAACGACGUUGAACGUCCUCACGCUAUGCAUGAGGACCUCCAGCGUUGGCGGAAUCACUAUAGGAAAGCAUUAAUGCUUUCCUAUGGGGAGAUUUAAUGCUCGUGCUAUGUUUACAUUAGGGUUAAUCCAGCCUCCCUUGCAGGCACAGGCAUCCUUCGGCACUGCAGAUGUUUUGGACUACACCUCCCACGAUGCUUUGCAAGCAUUAUGGGCGUAAGAGCAUUAUGGGGGAUGUAGUCCACAUCAUCUGGAGUGCCGAAGGUUGCCUAUCUCUGCUCUAGUGGCUGUCUCAUUGACAGCCGCCUGAGGCGCUUCUCACUGUGAAAAUCACAGUGAGAAAACGCUGACGCCCAUAGGAAAGCUAAUGGAUAUUGUCAGCGCUUAGUAGAUAAUCCCCUUUAAAAUAUACCAGGGGUGCACACAUGUAAUAAAAAUAAAAUAAUACAAAAUGUAUCUAUAAAAACAGUAUAAAUGUUCCCUAAAAUGUCCAAAGUCUGUUCCAGUCACAUGUAGGUUCCUUUGGGGGAAAGUCCAAGUUCCUAUUAUUGCAAUUGAGGACCCAAUAUUGUACUGGAUAUUCCUUAAGGCAAAGAGAGACAAAAUAUAGUGUAACUCUAUAACAUUUAUUGCCCCAGUACAAAAAAUCCCCCCCACCCCCCCAAAUAGGAACUCUUAAAAAAUUUAAAUGUGGUACUUAUCACUAAGGACCACGAAAAUGGCUCGUAUAGCUGCUCGUUCUCUCUAGGUCCCAGAGGGAAUACCCGGUUCUCCAGAGGCGACAGUGUCUGCCCCGUGCACAAAGGCAGGCUGUCGGAAGAUUUCCAAAUGGAGAAACACUGAGGAUAAAUCCCGCUGGAACCUGGUCAAAAAGUAUGUACAGUAGAGCUCGGUCCUUUCAACGCGUUUCGCCCUUCUAAGGGCUUAGAUGGCCUAUCUUGAGAAAGCCCUUAGAAGAAGGGCGAAACGCAUUGAAAGGUGCCUGUGACCGAGCUCUGCUGUACAUACUUUUCCAGGUUCCAGGAGCCAACGGGAUUUAUCCUCAGUGUUUCUCCAUUUGAAAAUCUUCUGACAGCCUGCCUUUGUGCACGAGGCAGACGCUGUCACCUCUGGGACUUCGAGAGAACGAGCAGCUAUACGAGCCAUUUUCAUGGUCCUUAGUGAUAAGUACCACAUUUCAGUUUUGUAAGCGUUCCUAUUUGGCGGGGGGGGGGGGAUUAGACAGUAGACUAGCAAAGAUGCAGUUUUUGACAUAGUAUAUGCGCUCUCUUUUUUAUCUUCUCUAGUCCAUUGGAAAGCAUUGAGAAAUGCUUUCCUAUGGACUGAUUGAAUGUGCAUGCGCAUUCAGCGCUGACGUCGGAAGAGGGAGGAGAUUUCCCCAGCACCGAGGGAGCCCGGCGCUGGAGAAAGGUAAGUGAUUAACCCAUUCCUCCCCCUUCAGCCCAGCGGGAGUGGGACCCUGAGGGUGGGGGGGACCUAAAGACCCUACAGUGCCAGGGUCGAAUUGUUUUCCUGGCACUAUUGUGGUCCUUUAAGGCUGCAAAUUCAGCUCUUUGACCUUAGUUGUCCACAAUCUAAGAUUUAAAUUAAUCUAGUUCUGAAAACAUCCUCAGCUGUGGAUUUGAUGAAGAAAUGCAUUUUGAAUGAUGCCAUGCUGGUCUCUGAUAAAUGAAGAAUUAAAGAGUAAAAUAGUAUUAAUAAGGGACAUUUGUUGCAUAGAAAACUUUACAUUCAACCUUUGCACAAUAUAAAUAGCCUAUGGAGUGGAUGCUUAUUAAAGUAGACAAAAUGUGUAAUAAAUAAAUCUGUUAGUCUCCCAAUAAAUCUACAAUUUUUAAAGAUUUCGCGACUAUCUAAAACUAACUGUAAGGAAGGGUGGCAAGGAGCCUUUCAACCAAUACAAACAAAAUUACCUUAAGAAUGUAUUUUUAGGCAAUGCAAAUCAGUGGUCAUGCCAUCCUUGAAAAGGUGAUGUUACCACUACAAGAAUGCAAUUUUACACAUUUUCCUUUUCUAUUUCUAAUUUUUCCUGAUCUCAAAUAGAUCGGAAUGUCUGCGUACACUGUAUAUUAAUGCAUUUUUCAUGUUUACUAGUUACUAAAUGAUCCAUAUAACGAUGCACUUACUAGCUGGCGCCAUGUCCACAUGGUUGUCCGUUUUCACAAUGGUAUAAAAUAUUACACCUAGGUAACACCCAACUGAUAAUGGCUUUGCUCCCAUAAAUUGCUUUGAUAUGCAAGGUUAGUGCUCUUAAUGUCUCUCGUGUUUACUGAGCAGGAAAAAAUAAACAUCUUAAUGUGCAGCAGAGUUUUGGGCCUGUGUGUUCUAGACACACAUACAAUUUAAUGUGGGUCUGCCAGUUUUGUAUGUCAGUGGAUUAGUGAUAAAAUUACACCAACAAAAUGGUGCAUUAAAUCAUUUAAUAACAUUUAAAAACAGCAAUUGUGAUGGGUAAAAGAAAAUGGGGAGUUCAGAAUCUGACAAGAUAUAACAUUUCUAAUUAUAUAUUUAUUUUAUUAUUUUUUUUUUAUUUUUUUUUUUCCUCAAAGGUUUCACCAAUGGAAGAAAGAGUUUGCAGAUCCCACAACACUUCCCAAAUCUACCAAAAAAGUGGUUCAUUGUUCUGUUUGUUGCCAUCCAGGUAUGGUGCUACUUAAAAAGCCUCCUAAAAUAAAAUAAACACAAUGUUUUAAGCAUUUUCUGCAUUAUAUGUUGAUGUUUUGCCUAAUCAGUUCAGUGAGUGGUGUAUUUUUUUUUUUUCUAUCUUUUUUUUUUUAUUGAGGCAUAAGCGAAUUGUACUGUACAAAACAGGCUAUACUAAGUCAAAUAGUCAAAACGACAAGUUACAUGAAAUUAUUUUAUUUUCUGACAGUUUCACUCUAUUAUCUAAUCAUACGAGUGCUCUUAUUACCAUCUAGUUAUUCUGCCGUUAGGCAGCACAUUUAUACAUCACUGUUUAUUGAUCUGUCUGUCUUUUUUAUAACUGCAUACACGGUUCCAUUUGCCUGUUUACACAGUGCAGUUUUUAUUUUAGUAUAUUUUACCGUACUUGAAAUUAUGCUGAACAUCAGAGCAUAUAAGCAUCAAGUGGAUAACAAACGAAUAUUUAGUACAAACUACAAUUGAAGAAUGGGUCACAAAUUAAAAUGGAUCUGUCUAAAAUAAAAAACAACUUUUCCAGCUUUUAUCAGUAUAGAACCUAUAACAAGUUACUGCUCUAACUGACUCACUUUUCCUUUAAUUAGCCAGUAUUGCAUUUUCUGUCUUUCUCUCCUUCUUACGAUUCUUCGUUUUGACCAGAAGGCAGACUUUAAAUUGGCAAAUUUUAUUAUUACACAUUUAUUAGCUAUAAUCAAUGUCAUUCAGUCACAUAAGCAUUCAGUAACCGUAAUAAGUCAAGCCAGCUCAUUCUUUGUUUUUUGUUUAUUUUGUAACAUAUGGCUUUAAGUAGUUGAUCAGUAUGGCAACUUAUAAUAUUCAGUAUGGCUGUUGAUAGUGAGUGCCAUUUCACCGAUAUCUGAUAAAUGACCAACCAGUAUGCCAGUUGACAAUGAAUACAGCUCCAUUUGUCAGCUGAUGGCAGAUUUUUUUUUCCCCAUUGCCCCCUCUAAACAAAUUGCAAAAAAUGGCUGCUUUUCAAAUCUGUACAAUUAACACAUUUUCCUUUAAGGUUCAGCUAAAGACCACGAACGAAACGGUUGUCGAUUAUGUGGAAGUGAUCGAUACUGCGAGCCCCAUGACUACGAUUACUGCUGCCCUUGUAACUGGCAUAAAGCACAGCGAGAGAAACGCGACAACCCUGUGGAGUACAACAUUAAGAUGUAUGGAAGAUAGACUGCUUAAUAAAGUGUAUUGAUCCCUUGUGGCAAGCAAUACUUGUAAUGUAUUUUUGUGUGUCUUACAGGAAAGCGAAGAAAUGUGAAGGUUUUCCUUUCUACGAGGUAAUAAAACAGCAGCGUAUUGAUCACCGACUCUAAAGUUUGUAUAUGUAUAGUUAUUGUGUACUUGUCUUUAUGCCUUUUUGUUUUGUUUUUUUUCUCUCUUUUCAAUUGUUCUAGGUCAUCGAUGAAUUUCUCAGAAAUAAAAAUAAAUUGAUAAAAGUGAUCAAGUGGGUCCGACCCAAUCUUUUACAUUUUCAGGUAAGAAUAUAUUGGUUUUCAUACUCAUAUCAAGCAAACUUUUAAGAGACAUUACCUCAUUUACCAAGCCAGUUCUUGUUUUUGUUACUUAGUCUUCAUUUAUCAAACCCCUGUGUCCAGAAACCAGAAAUGCUGCACUCUAUGGAGUCUUUACAUCAAACAACGAGCUUAAAGGACCACUAUAGGGUCAGGAACACAAACAUGUAUUCCUGACCCUAUAGUGAAAAACUGCCAUUUAGGUGGGUUUUCCUUCAGUAUUUCCAGCUUCCCAUGGGUCUGCCGGUGCUGGCCCCGUCCCCUUGGUGACAUCAUCAAAAUUGCAGAUUUUAGCCAAUCUAAUGCUUACCCAGAGCGUGGAGAUGCUGAACGGCAGGGCUGCUUACUGUGCAGCCCUGAGCCAGGAAGCCCCUCCAGUGGUCAUCUAAGCAGUGGCCACUUGGAGCUGUCCCUAGAGGCAAUGUAAACACAAUGUUUUCAUAAAAAUGCCUGAAGGGGAGCUAUUAUACUCACCAGAACAACUACAUUAAGCUGUAGUUGUUCUGAUGACUAUAGUGUCCCUUUAAAGUUGGUGAAUUAUUUAGGCCCAGUGUGGUACACUGUGUAUACCCCCAGUUCUCUGAUUGAGAAGUUCAAAGCAUUGAAUGGACCCUCAAGACCUCUAAAACACUCUAAUUUGCUGAACUGCUUUAUGUGUGAAGAGUGUCCUAUCUCAUUUUGCAAAAAGUGCAGAUUUCAAUAGAAAUUGGCGCUUUAAUAAAUUAAUCUGGUUACACCCAUUGGCUUUUAAGCAGACACCAGGUCCUGUUACUUCCUGGUUUGUUUAGCUCAGUGAAACUAAACUCAAGAGGCAGCAAUUGUCCAGAGGACGUGCCUUUCAUAGACUUCUCAUUGAGCUGUAUUCGAAAGUCUGUGAUUGGACAGCCACAGAAAGUCUGGGCUUGGGAAGAAGGGGAGGGCCUGUAAAGGCAACAGACAACAAGCUGCAUGCUUUGCAAACUGUUUUGAGAUAUAACUCCAAUUUCAAAAAAUGCAUAAAUUAAUGUAUGUAAAUUUUAAUUUGUCACUAAAAAAUGAUUUUUAUUUAUUUUGUAUCUGUGCCAUGGAAUGUCCCUUUAACUUCAAUCAGUUUAUUGUAGUUAAAAUGCAAAAAGUAUGAACAACAUUUGUCUCCAUUAAGAACUCCUAGUGCCUUUCAUCCAUGUGGGCAGUAAAGUUUCUUAAAGGAACACUACAGUGUUAGGAAUAACACUAUAGUGUCCCUGCACCCCCACCCCUGGGCCUCUCCUGGCCAUGUAAAAGGUUAAAAUGGUUAAAAGGUUGUGGCUGUCUCCCAGCUUCCCUAAAACUGCAAUGUUUCACAUUGCAGGGUUAAGGGAACAGGGACCCUGUACCCAGACCACUUCAAUGAGAGAAUUGUAAAGGGAACAGAGACCCUGAACUGGUCUCGGUCCCUAUAGUGUCCCUUUAAUUCACAUGCAGCCCCUGGUCCUUUUAUUAAUAUCUGCUCUGUAGCCAACUCAGAGCUACUGGUAAUAUGUUGCUGGAGACAACUGCUUUUGGAUAGGGAAUUCCACUAAAUUUACUUAUAAAUAUUUUCCCCUAAUUAACCUAUUAAGAAUGUUUCUCUUGGUUUUUGCUUCUGAACAGAAUGUUGCAGCAGUUUUAGCCUAGGGCUAGCUCUCUAAUAUCAGGAUACAAGUUUUUUAAAUGAUAUCUGGUCGAGAGAGAGUGAGUUACAAAGACCUCCAAAUAUUCUCUUUCUACUGAUCUACUGAGGAACACAUACAAACAGAAUAAAGAUAUAUAUAUACCCAUAUCUAUAGAACAUUCUUUUGUCUAGCUGUUAGAUGGAUUUUCAAAGAAUGAUGGGCACUGCAUUGAGCAAACAGAUGGCAGUCCAGUGUUUCGCGGUCCACAAUAUAAUAAUCUGUUAUAAAGCUGUUUUUGCCCCUCUCGUGACACACUCAAAUUAGCAACAGAAGGACCUAAAGACAAGUAGGAUUUGUUGCGUGCGGUAUAUUAAGCCAUUCUGUAUUUUCUGCUAGAGAUAAGAAACCUGCUUCGUGCUAAUGAUAUCGUUAUCAAUUCCCAAUAUUAAAUUGGAGGAAAAGCAUACGUGCUGGAGAUUACGCACAGUAAUAAUCUUCCACAAACUGAGCACUGCUUGGCUCGAGUGCACUCUGAUUAGUGACUAGAGGUGGCUAUUUAACACUUGGAUGGACAGAGGCAUUGUCAGGGCGGCGAGAGAUAUUAUAAAAUAUAUCCUCACCAUUCCAAACACAGAGCCGUCUCCUCGCAGAUGGAUCAUUUAUAAAGCAGUCCGUUUUAUUCAUAGCCGUAUAAAAUACAAAAGGAUGUUGGGUGAGCAGUUUAUUUUGGGGGAGUCUAAGACAUAAACACAUUAAUUAUUAGUGUGCUGUACUUGAUGCCUUUAUGUAAUUGCUAAAAUGACUUUAUUUAUAAGGAUAAUGCUUCACCGUGCUGAAAGCUUCCUGACCACAUUAUAAAACUCUCUUCCUCCUUGUACGUCAAGGACAUAGCGUUAAGCAGACAAGCUCGUUUUUUUUAAAUCUGUUUUCCCCUUUAGUAUACCUGAUAUCAGCUACUUUAAUAUUGUACCCCGACUAUUAAACUUGCACUCGAGACUGUAAUUGAACUCUUCCAUUUUUUGCAUUGUAUAGAUAAUGUAUUUAGACAAUAUAUACAUACAUAAAAUACACACAUACAUACACAAACAAUCCAAAAGAAUAAAAGAUUAAUAGAAAAAAGAAAAAAAAGUUCUCAAUUUUUAAUGUUUUUCAAUUUUGUGCAAAUCCCCACUCACAUCAUCAUUAUCCUAGAGUUUUGCCCACUCCAGGAACAAGUUUAGGCCAGCUGUGAUUUUUUUUUGUUUUUGUUAUUUUGUGUGUGUGUGUGUAUAUAUAUAUAUAUAUAUAUAUAUUUAUUUUAUUUUUUUUACAGUUUUUUUAUUUUUUAAUUUAUUUUGCGAUACAAAGAUUAAAGGACAAAAAAUUAAACAGGAGCAAACCCUCAUUAAAAAAAAGCCUCCCACCCAGAUUUAUACCCACUAUACAACAGCACAUAAUGUAAACAGUAUAUUAGAGACUCCGUUCUAAUCUGUGGAAUCUGAGCUUUUGAUCUGGUAUAUCACAACACUGCAAAGGUGAGAGGGGCUGAUUAGCAGAAAUUGUAACACAAUCUGUAUCCAUUCUGUUCAGAGCAGUGUUUUCUGGAACCUCAGUUAUCCCUUUUUCUACUUAUGAAAUUUGUUUGCUCAACUAUAGCUUGUAGAAACGGUUGCUGUGCUUCCUGCUGAAAUGUACAACACUAUCAUUGGACAAUGCAGGUUAGCAGAGAAGGACAAAAAUGGAAGUGUACUGUACCCGGCAAAAAGGAAUGGUGAGGUUAGACAGAGGAAGCAGGGUUAAAGGGUUACUCCAAGCACCAUGACCACUACAGUGAUUUGAAGUGGACAUUUUGCCUGGAGUCUGUAUGUGCAGCAAACUGUAGCAGUUAUGAUGGUUGGAGAAUCCAACCAUCUCCCCAGAUUUCAUAAGUAGUAAAGGAGAAACCUUUUACACCUAAUAAAGAAUAUGGAAAUAUAUUUAGUACAAAAUUGGAUCUGCGAAAAAAGAUUAUUUUUAGACCAAAAUUAUUUAGACCAAAAGCUAAAAAAUGAAUUAUAGUUUUGCCUGGAAUGUCCUUUUAACAGAUUUUACAAUGUUUCGUUAGCAUCUUGCAUAUACCUUUGGUUACAAAGACCAGUUAGCCUUAAAAUCUGCCUGGAUUGCAUUACAUUCUUUCAGAGCCUCUGAUUCUCAACAUCGACUGUGUUUGACAGAUUCCUCUAAAUGCUUGAAAUGUGGGGAGGAGGAGGCUGAUGUAUCCUAUUGUUUUGGGGCCUGUUCUCGCAUAAGCGAUUUUUGGCGGAAGUUCAAUCAUACAUUGAGUCCCUAUUAAGCUUCCCAGCGCCGCAAUCCCCGGAGCUGCCCAUUUUCUGUAUUUUUCUGUCCCUACUCCAAAGUACUGUAGAUUUUUCCAAAUGGUUCUGGAGCUACAACAAAGACAGUCCUCCAUACCUGGUUAUCUCAUGAUGUAAACUUAAAUUUUUAGGAUAUAAAUAACAAACACGGGCACACUUUGGUCUUUUAAUUAUCUGAUGCUGACGUAGAAUCUAUACAUGGAAAUAAUUGACAUUUCAUAAGUUCCAUGUUUUAGAUGGUACAAAUAAACUGUUCAGGAAAACCAUGAUUUUUUUAUUCAUGUUUAUAUAAGGAAGUAAAUAACAUUUAUUUAUGUAUUUAUUUGUUCUCUUUCUUCUGGAUCCCAGAACUUUACGUUGGAGCGAAUGGAGUGGCCAAAGCAUUAUUCUUGUGAAAAACUGCUGGUGUUGCUAACGUACUAUGAUCUGAAUGAAAGAAAGCUUGGCAGAGAGCAUGCCACACAGCUGCAAGCCAUUCGGUAACAUGAUCAAAACAGUUUGAAUUAAUUUACAUUCAGUAAUGGGAUUGUUAGCUUGAGAAAAAAAAAAAUUAUGAAGUCAGACAAAUAUGACUUUUUUCAAUUUGACAAUUUUUAUUUUGUCGUGGUAAGCUGGGGGUACAGAAAAGAAAAGGGAGAGUUUAAGUAUAAACAUCUAGCACAGUACAUCCAUUCAACGAUGAUAUAUUGUGUUUGUUACAGUAAAUGCAGAAUGUACCUUGUAUGCAAUAAACAUAAACAUUUCAAUGUCAUAAUUCACCAUUAGCAAUGUAGCGGGGGCCUAGUUACUCGCCUGUUUAAAAGGCUUUGUCAACAUAGUAAUUGGCCUUGUAUGGACACAUUCAGCUGGUUGCGGUUUUUGUCUGUAUUUACCAUUUGCAAAUAUUUCAAUGGACUUUCCCAUGCGGUAGGGGGAUACAGGAGGGAAAGGGAUGUUAUGCGAGGGAUAUCUUACACCAUACUACAAGUUGCACCUUAGGUGUUGUUAUAAGUCUCCUUGGACGCCCUGUAUUGCAGAUUCACCUUAUGUGUGCUAAGAUGCCUUAAGGGAAAUAACGCAUUCCAGACUUGGCCAACUGAGCCUCAGACCUGUGGGACUACAAGCUCUGCAGAAGGCGGUUUGUGGCAUUCUCAGUGCAAGUUGUGUCCAUGGAAUCCAUGCCUUUGUAACCAGAAAUGUUGCCCAGGUGAGAGAAGGGUGGCGUGAAGUAACUUGGAAUCUCGAGCUUGAGUUAAUAUUCAUACCCGUUUAUUUGUGGUGGCAUUGUGCGCUGGAGCUCUCUGCUCUUGAGCUAGGGAGGGGAUGAAAUACUUCUGUUGGGUUUUUGGGUGUCCCACUGUUUCCAUGCCACGUACCAGUGUUUGGCAUACAGACGGGAACAUCUGGCCAUGAGUUUGUAUUGCUUGUUAGUGUCUAUUGUUGAUAAACACUGUUCUAUGUUGGGGGGGAAGUGCUACCUUCAAACUGUCUGCUUAUUACCAUAAGAGCUGCAAUGAUAAUGUGGUAGAUUAGAUACCGUUGGCUUUUCUGAAGUUAUUUUGGAAACAAGGAGAAAUGUUUCAGGGCGGAGAGGGAGAUAGACUCCUGUGCAACAUUUUAUCACGUUUGCUACUGCAUACCGAUAUGUGCUAAGUCGUGGUCAUAGCCACCAUAUGUGAAGCAUGUCACCUUUGUCCCCCUGACACCUCCAGCACUUGUCCGAGUUUUAAUGGAAAGCUGUGCUGCAAUCAUGUGCGGACUAGGUACCACCUGUAUAGUAUUUUGUGUGACCGUUCAAUGUGAGUCGAGCACAGUGUCAAUGAUUUGUGAGCAGUGAAUAUCUCCCACCAUUCUGGGGUCUGUCAAGGUUGCAUUGAGGUCUCUCUCCCAUGCCCUUUUAAAGGAGAUUAAGCAGGAUGUAGAAUGAUCUGAUGCAUAAAUUAAGGAGAUAAGUUUCUUGGAAAGUUUUAGUUUAAGGCCUAUAUUUUCAGCUUUGGGCAAUUUUGGCCCUAGUGAGUCUGUUGUGUGUGGUGAUAGUUGUGGUGCGAUCCAGGAUGUCAGUUGUAGAUAUGGGAAGUGGACUGUGUUAGGGAGAUUGAAUUCAGAUUACAGGUCUGGGAACCCUUUGAGGGAGAAGCGUUGAAGUAGUUAGAAAAGCGUGUGGACGCCAUGUCUCUCCCAGAUCUUGUGGUUGAAAUUAUCUGAGUGCCCUAUCCUAAGGGCAGGUGAUAUUUUGUCUCCCAUGCCCAAUCUUUUGCGGUAGUUGUCCCAAAUAUGUAAGCUGAGUGGUGUCGUGGGUAGUGCAUGUUGGUAUUUUGGUUGUUCUGCCGUGGGUAUCCAUGUUGUUAGAGGGAUCCCCCAUGUGUAACCUUUUUUUAAUUCGAGUCCAUGCUAGCAGAUUCGGGAGGUAGAAUGCUGAUAAUAGAGUAGAGACAAAUGCGUUCAGGAUUUUCUGUAAUUCCAUGAUGAAUGAUGGAAUUCUUUCCUGCGCCGCAAGGUCGCUGUGGAGAAGUCCGCCAUUAUUCACACUGUGGGGUAAUCCUCGUGGGGGUCUGUUUUGUUCCGGCAUGCUCGCGUAAUGAGUUCCUUGAUGUGGUAAUGCGCCAUGAGAAGCAUAUCUCAUGGUACCAAAUCAGAUAAGUGGCUGGGUUUGGCACCCUGUGGACUCUGUCCACCAGCAGCAUAUCCGCUGGUAUCCCCGGUGCAUAGGCAUGCAUGAUACCUUGCACGUUCACCUGGAGGUCGCAGGGAAGGACAGAAUCCGGGACACCUCGCAAUCAGAGAUUAUUUCUGCUUGCCCUAUCCUCAGUCAGCCAUGCAGGAUUCCAUGAGGUCUAAUCUCUUGUGCAUCGCCGUAACUUUGUCCGCCAGAACGUUUUUUGCUGAGGCCAGGUCAGUACAUGCUGACUCCACAUGUGUCGUUCCUGUGGUUAAGUCAAGGAUUUCUUUUUGUAUUUUGUCCGCCGUUGUUUUACACAAAUGGAUAAGUUUGGUAGACAUUGCAUCUAGGGCUUGUUCAAAAUAACUCCUAGUUAAGCUGUCCUGUGCUGUGAAGUCCUCUGUAGCUGGCAUGUGGUUGCUGGCGCCUGAGUCUUCGGCGCCAUCUUGCAGCACAGCCCGCGCGGCCUCAAACGAGGAGCAGGAUUUCUGGCCGCCAAAUCUUUUAGCUUUUCAGCUCUGGCGGUGCCCUUUUUUUGUUUUGUGACAUUGUCUUGAGGGGGUCAGUUCUGGUGAUUCUGCAGGUUAGUUAUCGGUCUUAGUGGAGCCCAUGUGCCGGAGCAAACUUUCAAGCGGCCAUCUUGCCCGGCUGCUAGCCAUGCCCCCAAAUAUGACUUUUUAAAGGAGCACAGCAAGCACUAGAACAACUUAUGUGCUUUGCACAUAUUAUGGCACGAGAAGGUCCUCUUUCCCUAUCUCUCCUAUUGUACAGAUAUCUUACUGGUGAGAGUUUUUUUAAUUUGCUGGCCAAUGGUCUAUGGGGUAUGCUGACCUGUACUGAAAAUAAUGGGAGCAUGCUGAUUUACUGAGCCACUUCCCGGUCUGGGCAGAGUUCACUGCAGCUUUGUUAAAAUAUUACUCCAUAGGCAACGAAACCUGCUAAAAUUAUAUAUCUGAUAGCUUUAGGAGAUGUUGGUUAACCUACUGACCAUCUCUCCUCUGACCGCACCACCUGCAUGCAUUAAUCUGUCUACCUGCGUCUAUCCUCUGUCUGUACUCCCACUUCUGAUGCUCGCAUUCAAGACUUCUCGUUCAAGUAAAUUUUUAUAGAUUUUUUUGAAGGAGUGGAGACUGGAGAUAGGGUGAGCAUCCCUUCCCUUUUCCGAUAGAUGCUCACCCUAUCUCCAGUCUCCACUCCUUCAAAAAAAUCUAUAAAAAUUUUACUUUUUCACAAAAGCGUAUCAAUUAAACUGUUAAUGGCUCCCAAGUAAUUCAUCUCCUACAACUGUCAUUAAAAAAAAAAACAACAAAAGAAACACACUAAGUCUUCUUUGAAUACUACUCUACCAAUCUACUUCUCUAAUACUUCCCUUACAUUUUUUUGUCACUUUACCCCACUCCCUCUAGCAUGUAAGCUCAUUAAACAAUGCCCUCAACCCCUCUGUUUCUGUGCGUCCAACUUGUCUGGUUACAAUAACAUGUUUGUUACUCCACCAUUGUGAAUAUAAUAAUAAUAAUAAUAAUGAAUCAUGGAUGUCACACACAUUCAUUCACCUGAGUUCUGUAUUUUUCAGAAUACACGACUCUUGGGGUUAUAACCCACGGCAGCACUCUCACAUGCUCGGCUCACAAGAGCGAGAGAACCUGGUGGAAGUACAGUUAGAGGCCUGAGCUCCCCUCACCCACAGUAGAAACUUAAAAUGGCACAGGGAGGGAAAUCUUGUUAUAUAUACGCAAUAAAGGUUGCGUUUUGCAUAUAGGACGCAGGCAAUUUUCUAUCGUAAAUUUUUUUUUGGGGGGGGUGGGGGGCCGGGGAGACUGCAUCUUCUAUUUAAACAAAUAUGGUAUUUAGGGAUAUAUAUGUUAGGGAAAAAAAGUUAUUCUGAAAGAGUUGCGAGGCAUGGUAUAGGCAACCAGCAGGUGUGGUAAAACAAAUACAGUAGAAUCUUUCCUGAAAGCUUUAGACAGACACUUCAGCAGCAGGAAACAAGAUCAGAAUAAAGCCCAUGCUUUUAGAUUGUAAAUGAGUAGAGUGGACAGAUCUAUUUCACUUAUCUGCCAUCAUACUUAAUGUAGACCUGAUGUUUCCAAUGUUCUAUCUCCCUAGAAUAGAGUAAUAUUCAGCAAAUAAUAGUUUGAAGAGUGUCCGAUGCGUCACGACAUCACUAGUUUGGUGAAGUACAGGCUGUUCCAGAAAAUAACAUUUCGAAGUUAAUUGAUUUUAAAAUAUUCAUGCACCUGAAAUGAAUGUUUGCUGGAAUCCAUCUUUUUUCUUAAAAAAAAAAAAAAAAAUUAUUUUUAUGCUUUGCUCUCAUGACAGCACCAUAGCAUCCUUUUUGUCAAUCUAUCAGAUUUACAUUUUUUUUUAUUUUUUUUUAAAACAUUCUUUAUUUAAAUGUAUAAAGAUCCCUUAUACUAAAAAAUCAUUGUAUACAGUAGCAGAAACAGAGAUGGGGUACAUCACGUAUAAUAAAAAAUAUAGUUUAAGGAUCUUAAGAUGAGACAUAGUUAUGAAUUUUGUAACCGUUUUAUAUCCGUUCUUUAAAUUGUAAGCGACAGUAUCAAUAAAAAAUGGUCAGACACAAAUCUGAAAGGAGCACUAUAGGGUCAGGAACACAAACAUGUAUUCCUGACCCUAUAGGGUUAAAACCACCAUCUAGCCACCCUGUUCCCUCACGCCUCCCUAAAUAUAGAAAUCUUACUUGUUUUCAAGGCUGGAGCUGCUUGCAUUGUCCCUGUUUCCUUUAGACCUGCCCACUGCCUGCUGACAUCAGCAGAAGUGGUAGCCUGAUCCAAUCACAAUGCUUCCCCAUAGGAUUGGCUGAAACUGACAAGGAGGCAGAUCAGGGGCAGAGCCAGCACAAUUCAAACACAGCCCUGGCCAAUCAGCAUCUCCUCAUAGAGAUGAAUUGAAUCAAUGAAUUUCUAUGAGGAAAGUUCAGUGUCUGCAUGCAGAGGGAGGAGAUACUGAAUGUUUGGAUGCAUUUUAGGCAGCCAUGACCCAGGAAGGAUCUCUAACAGCUAUCUGAGGAGUGGCCAGUGAAAUUAUCACUAGGCUGUAAUGUAAACACUGCAUUUUCUCUGAAAAGACAGUGUAUACAGCAAAAAUCCUGAAGGUAAUGAUUCUACUCACCAGAACAAAUACAAUAAGCUGUAGUUGUUCUGGUGACUAUAGUGUCCCUUUAAUUAUUAAAUGUAAGUGUUUCAAUCAGGCCCAUUGCCACAGGUGUAUAAAACCAAGCACCUAGCCAUGCAGUCUGCAUUUGCAAACCUUUGUGAAAAAAAUGGGUCGUUCUGAUGAGCUCAAUUAAUUCAAAUGUGGUAUUGUGAUAGGAUGCCACCUUUGCAAUAAGUCAGUUUGUGAAAUUCCAUCCCUGCUAGAUGUUCCACAGUAAACUGUAAGUGGUAUUAUAGAAAAGUGGAAGUGUUUAGGAACAGUAUCAACUCAGCCACAAAGCAGAAGACCUCGUAAAGUCACAGAGCGGGGUCACUGAGUGCUGAGGCGCAUGGUGCGUUUGUCUCCAACACUCUGCAGCUGCUGCGUGCAAGCUUGACAUCACCAAGUACAAUGCCAAGCGUCGGAUCGAGUGACGUAAAGCACCUUGCCAUUGGACUCUGAGGUGGAUACAUGUUCGGUGGAAUGUGGAAUCACGCUUCUGUUUGACAGUCUGAUGGGCGAGUCUGAGUUUGGCAGAUGCUAGAAGAGCUGCCUGACUGCAUUGUGUCAACUGUAAAGUUUGGUGGAGGAGGUUAAUGAUAUGGGGCUGUUUUUCAGGGAGUCCCUUAUUUCCAUUGAACGGAAAUCUUAAUGCUUCCACAUUCCAAGACAUUUUGGACAAUACUAUGCUACCAACUUUGCGGGAACAGUUUGAGUAAGACCCUUUUCUAUUCCAGCAUGACGGUGCACACAGCAAGGUCAAUAAAGUUUGGUGUGGAAGAACUUGACUGGCUCGCACAGAGCCUUGACCCAAAAACCCAUCAAACACCUUUGAGAUGAACUGGGACGGAUAUUGCGAGCCAGGUCUUCUUGUCCAACAUUAUUGACUGACCUCACAAAUGUUCUACAGGGGGAAUAGGCAAAAGUUCCCACAGAAAGACUCCAAACCUUGUGGAAAGCCUUCCCGGAAGAGUAGAAGCUGAUAUAGCAGCAAAUGGGGGAUGGUCAGAUGUCCCAAUACAUAUAGUGUAGGUUUUUUUUUUUUUUUAAACUGCUAAAAAAUGUUAGAACAUUCAGACUGAUUCAUCCGGCAACAUUCACCUUCUCCAGCAAUUGAUAAACAAUAGUUUUAAAAUGAAAUUGUCAGUAUGACCUUUCUAGUGAUUACAUAAGAGGUUUUCACAUCUCCCAACAGUGAAAAACUGAUCCUGAUCAGGUCAGCCGGAGUCCUUCACACUGUAAAAUAGCAGCUCUUUUCCCUCCUUACAGAAAUCCAUAUGCUUCAAAUUACAUGUAAUUAUUUUUUUGCUCUUUUAGACGCCAGGGAAAAAAAAUUAAAAAAUAUAUUUUGUUUCUCUAAAAGCGGAAUAUCUCUUUUCUGUCACACAGAUAUUUCGUAGCUGGUGAGAGAUUUAGCAGUUCGUUCCUUUUUAGGAAAAGUAGGCUAGAUUCAACUGUGUUUUUAUUACACUGAUGUUUUUCGAUUAGCAGAAAUCACUCAUCUGGAUUAUACUUGUGCUUUCUUUCAGAAUUGUGAAAAACAGGAUCAAAAAUGGAAUUCCUUGCUUUGAAAUAGAAUGGGUAAAACCAGGUCUGUACCAGUAUUUUCACAAAUAGUUUACCUGUAUUAAUCUGUAGCAUAGGCCUCAGCUUGGGGGGUCUACGGCCAGCCGGGGGUUAAGCAGAAACCAGAGAAUGAGGUGCAGGAAUAAGGAGAAUUUAAUAGAUGACUGUGAUGUGGAAAAUAUGUUAAUGGAUUUAAAGUUAUGUAGGAUACAGAAAUGUAUGUAAGUUAGGAAGAGGUUAUUGGUUUACGGCAGUUUCACAUAUAAUGAUUUGAUACAGUGGCUUCUAUAGUUUUAUAUACAGUCUGGUUAAAGGUUUCCUGAACUACUCUGUAUGUUACUAUGUGUGUGGUUCAUGGGCAGACAAUACUAAGUGGCCUGAUUUUCUCUAUGGGGAGGGUAUAAUAGAGUUUUGCCUAUUAUCUGUCUGUUUCAGAUGAUUACGUUUUUCCCGAUGACCAUCCUUCAGAUUUGCCAUUAGUGACAAUUGAGGAAGGCUCUCUGUUCCAAGCUGCGUACCCUGCGAUAGUUGAUUUGUAUCAAAAAGAAAAAGCUGAAGAGGAAAUCAAGAAGCAGAAAAGUAUGUUUGUUUUUUUAUUUUUUCUGUUUUGUUGUUAUUUUCUCUUACACUAGAUCUGUGACUGAACCAUGGCUUCCUCUAGGCCAGUGAUGGCGAACCUUUUUAAGCCCGAGUGCCCAAACUACAAUACAUGACAACUUUUUUUUCCUCAAAGUGUCAACACGGCAAUUAAACCUGAAUACUGAGGUUUAAGUUUAGAAAAAACAAUUCGUACAGUUGUCCGAAUUAAUUAACAAGUUUUGUUUUAAAAGAAAAAUACAACAGAGAAUUCAAUGAUACAAAUUUUAAAUAAUGAUAUAAAUAGAUAAAAUUAAGCUUAUGUUUAUUGGUAUCUCCAACAAAUGGAAUACACACACAGUCUGCUGAAUACACAUACAGUGUAUUAGGGGGGUGUGUGUGGGUGGGGGGGUGUGGGUUGGGGGUGUGGGUUGGGGUAUGGGUUGGGGGUGUGUGUGUGGGUGGGGGUGUGGGUUGGGGGUGUGUGUGUGUGGGUGGGGGUGUGGGUUGGGGGUGUGUGUGUGGGUGGGGGUGUGUGUGGGUGGGGGUGUGUGUGUGUGGGUGGGGGGUGUGGGUUGGGGGUGUGGUGGGGUGUGUGUGUGUGGGUGGGGGGUGUGUGUGGUGGGGUAGGUGGUGUGUGUGUGUGUGUGUUUGGUGGGGUGUGUGUGUGUGGUGGGGGUUGGUGCAGAUUGGGAUGUGUGUGUGUGGUCAGGGUGGGAUGUGUGUGGGUGGGGUGUGUGUGUGUGUGUGGGGAGUUAGCUGUGUGGUUAUUAUUAUUGGGUGGGGUGUGGUGUGUGUGUGUGUGUGGUGGGGUGGGAUGUGUGUGGGUAGGGGUGUGUGUGUGUGUGGGGGGUGCUGUGUGGUGUGGGUGGGGUGUGGUGUGUGGAUGUGUGUGUGUGUGUGUGUGGUGGGGUGGGUGAUGUGUGUGUGUGUGGUGGGGUGGGUGUGUGUGUGUGUGGUGGGGUGGGUGAUGUGUGUGUGUGUGUGGUGGGGUGGGUGAUGUGUGUGUGGUGGGGUAGGUGAUGUGUGUGUGUGUGGUGGGGUAGGUGAUUGUGUGUGUGGUGUGGUGUGUGUGUGUGGUGUGGUGGGGGUGUGUGUGUGGGAAGGUAGUGGUGCUGUGUGGGAAGGUAGGGGUGCUGUGUGUGUGGAGGGGGGGUAGGGGUGCUGUGUGUGUGGAGGGGGGGGGUGGUAAAAAAAAAAAAAUCCCUGUGGUCCAGUGGUGGUAAGGAUUGUAGGGAGCAUCUCCCCUGUCCUCCUGUGCGAUGCUGUGUGGAGCAUUGCCAUGGAAACGCAGCAACGCUCCACACAGAUUGCUCGCGGGAGGACAGGGGAGCUGCUUCACAGAUCCCUCCCCCUGCCUCCUGACGCGGAAGCAGAGUAGGCGCCUGCCGUUCUGCAUUGAUGGCGAACCUGUGGCCGCGUGCCCACAGAGGGCACGGCGUGCCACAGGUUUCGCCAUAACUGCUCUAGGCUGAUCAGUAACGACGCGGCAGCCAGUGUAAAAAGCAUGUAUCUGUAAAGUUACAGAUCCGUUUGACACUGUUCGAAUUGUAACUUUAUUUGAUCUUUAGAAUCUUUUAAAGGUACAAGCUAAUUAAGAUAUUGUUUAUUUACCUUUCCAUUUAUAGCAUACUGGUGCUUUCUAAUAAUUCACUGUUUAAGCAGUCACAUGUUCAUGCAUAGUAAGAUAAGCACGAAGUCCCCAUGGGAUCCGAUCCAUCCUUGUGGAAUGGAAGCCAGUACAAAAGGCUAUGGUCCCAGGUCAUAGAAAGUGGCAGAGCCAGGGACUGUAUGACAUUUACUUCAAAAAUACCACAUUGUACCCUGGAAAUAAUAUGUAUGGAUAAUUCAAUUGAGAAUGUUUGUCUUUACUGUUGUUGUGUUAGAAGUGAUCAGAAUGUACUUUGAGUGUUCCCCUUCGUAGACUUUUAUUGGUCAUAUUCUCAUGAAAUAGAAUCACAGUUAGGAUGAAUUUGCUGAGCUAGGCUGUAUUAUUGGCAAUAAAUUAUUGGUGGUUUCAAAGCCUGAACCUACUGACACUUUGUUACUGCUGUAACAUAUACUCGGAAAUGUCCUUUCUAGGAAAAAGAUUUGAUAUAAGGAUUGCAGCAUUAAAUUAUUAUUUAAUGUACUGCUAUUUAACCUACUUCUGGUAUUUUUUCUCUUUCAAUUAAUGUGCAAGUUGUCUAUUGUCCAAAUGGAAUUUGCAGAUACUGUAAGAUUCAUAGGGACACAGCGCUUUUUAAAUGCGACCAUUUUAAAAGACAAUUUGCAUGCAGCCGCAAGUUCUUGGCACAGCAUAAUGUAAAAUCAUACUGUUCUGUACAGCAAUGGUUGUUUGCCAAGUAAUUAUUCAUGUCUGUCUUUUUAGGCAAGAAGACAAAGCCAAGGACUAAAACUACUCCUGAUCUGGAUGAUGUUGCUUUAAUGUUGUCUGAAAUGGACUUAAAACCUUCUUCGGAAGACCCUACUCCACCAGAUUCUGCAGUGGAUGCUGCUGAAAUUUUGAACUGUGAAAAUAAUGUUCUAAAAUUCACUCUCAGUUCUUCUGAUUUACCUGUUGUUGCAGAUCCUUUAGUGAAUAUGAUAGCUUUGAUAGAUUCCGAAACCGAGUCUGAGGUUUUCACUCCACACAUUGAUAAUGGGAAGAUUCUCGGUGAUGCUUGCUGCUCACCAGCACAGUGCAGUAGUCCUCCCAUAACCGCACAAUCACCUAAUGUCUCCUCUGUGAUUUCAGAGCUUCAGUUGAGCGGCAUUGACUGGGAUGCAACGUCAUUUGUCCAGUCCCCUCAAACAGUAGCCCGUACUGCUGGGGUGGAUUGUUCAAAGCAAAAUAAACAUGACUCUUUAGAUGACAAUCAAUCUACUAACAAUAUAAAAAUGGUUGACCUCAAUGUAAAUGGGACCAUAAAGGAAAUGCCUGCAUCCACUGGUGUGGACAGCAAAUUAGUGACCUCUUCCAAGGAAGACUCAAAACUGGAAUACCAAACCUUAUCAUUAAAAGAGAGAAUACUUUUAAAGAAUGCUUAUCAGUGUGGCGUCCCUUACCCUCAAACUCAUAUUGACAAAGUGUAUUCCCUUGCCCCUCUAAGUCUCCACAAGAGGGAAUCUUCAGAUUUGAGUUCUAAGAAAGCAGUUCUUCCUUUGGCUGAUGAAGGUGCAAAGGAAAAUAAGCAAGUGCAUGAACUACAUGCAGAAACAACAAGCAUAAAUAAAGAAACGGUUAUAUCCAUAAAACCAAUAGUCAGCUCAUUCACAAAGGCUCAACCUUUGGAACUCUCUAACGCAAAGCCAUAUAAUUUUGUAUCAGAUGUCAAAAAGACUGCUUCUGUUCCUGUAAAAAAGGCCUACACUUUUGUGAAAGAUCCAAAGAAAAUGCCCAUUGUGCCCAUGAGAACGCUUUCAGCAGGAAAUAUUUCUACAAAACCAACAAGCCAAACAGCUACAAAAGUAUCUGUGAAAAAGACUGUCUGUCAGAAGACGGUCUCAUCUAGUGAAGACAGUGAGGCGGAGGAGAAACCAUGGCAGAAACUAACAAAGAACAAGAUCUCAAGUGCCCUGAAUAAGGACAUCCCAAAAGACAAAAGUGACAAACUCAAAAUACAACCAGCGGUGAACAAACUAGAUGUUGCCAUGAAAAUGCAUACCAAAAUCUCAUUACCAAACACUAAUACUCAUGACAAUUACAAUACAGAACUUCUGCUAAGCCCUCCUGAAUCUAAGACACCAAGUACGGAAACUCUUGGAGACGACAGUGAUGAAGAUGACUCUCUGAUUUGCAUGGACAGUCCAUUACCACUGUCUGAAAGACUUAAACUAAGAUCUAUGCAGAACAUUUAAAUUAGCUAUUAAAAGCCAUUUAUCAACACAGCUGAAUUGUUUGUUUGAAAACUGUAAGUAAAGAUGGUAACAUAAAGUUACUGGUUUCCAAUAAGACUUAUCAGAGAGUGGGCACCACAGUUGCAGUAUAUAAACGCUGUCCUCUUUAUAGCAGCUGUUGACAUUUUUUAUGAGACAUUACUAUUUUUAGUUUAAAUUAUAUUUUAUAUAUUUUUUCUGUGCUCACUCUCCUAUCUUGUAUUGACCUGGUUGGGAUUUUGAAAGUCAG